CCCGAUCCGUUGGCAUUGGUGAGACCGAGCCACAAAUUUGGCCACAACGUUGACGAAAGGUUCACCAAAGAAGUCAAGGAAAGAUGUUGUCAGGCGAACACCAAGAGGUGUUGGAAUGGCAGAAGUACAACGAUUCUGAGCGCCUUGCUAUAUACAUCGAAGGAGAAGAUGGUGACAACCUCCGGUUUGACCUUGAUAAUCUGCUGAAAUGUGGGAAGGACGCCAGUCGUCUGCGGGUCUUGUGUUUGAUGAAAAGCCUUUCAACCGGCGAAUCUGCCUUUGUACAGUUCAACCCCGAGAAAAUCUCCAAGCUGCUGCCUUCUUUGGAAGUCAUUGGCUUUCAUUGCAAUACAGGGAUCUUUGCAUGGCCCUGCGAAUUCCUCAAGAAGGUUUUGAAGCGGACGUUAGUCUUAGUCCCAACAAGACCGUAUGUGGGUGGGUGGGAGGAUGUGGAAAUCAUCUUCUACCAACAUGCCAUAGUUAUUGAAUCGAGAACUGAAAGACGCCUGCCGAAAGUUGUAUUCCUGUUUGACGCUGCUGCUGGUCCUAGUGAUCAUGGGACCAUUUCAACCCUUCCGUCCAUGCGGGAAAUCCUACAACAAGGAGCACUCUGUUAUGGAACUGCCUCGAAACUCACUGUCAGCUCUACCCAAAUAAAACCCAUCGAAACGACAAUGUUGCUGGACUUUUUGAACUAUGCAAGCUCCAUCAAUUCUAAAAGAAAGGCAGAGAAACUGGCAGAGAUAGAACGAAUCAACUUCCGGAAAGAGCUUCUCCUGCCGUCAAAUCGCAAGUGGCCCUUGUCAUUGCGGACUCUCUCACUAAAGAAUGUCAAGAUGCGGUUUGAGGACUACCGAUUACUUUGCUGCGCUCUAGAGACAAACAAUAGGAUUGCCUAUUUGGACUUGUCAGGCUUUUCAUUCACCAACAACUGUGGAACUUCUGUCCGUUCAUUGGAGCCGGUUCUGAAUUUGUUGGAACAUAACCGCACGCUUGAAUCCAUCCGUUUCACAACCACAGAUGAGAGCACUGGCCUCGAUGAAGCAGAGUGUGAACCUAUCCAAGAGCGCAUACACGAGAUCCUCACGAACUGCAAUGACACCAUUUACGACUUGAAGAUUGAAGAAUGGCAGCAAGGCACCCCUCUAUCAACCAAGAUUCAGAAACAGCUGGACCUCAAUUACUUUGACUUGGGUCGCGUCAUGAACAAUCCGCAUCGUUUUUCAUGUUCGCAUCAGCGCUAUGUGGCCUUUUUCAUUGCCCUAAACUGUGCUCAUCGAGAGACACCCGAGGACUACGAAAGCCCAAGUCUCCUAACCAAUCUUUUCAUUGUCCUGCGAGCGCAUCCACAUCUUGUCCCGAUUCACACGGAAGCUCAAGGAGUGCGAGAGUUGCUCAACAAGUUUCGGUGGGCCAGUCCUGAGCACAACAACGCUGUGGCGUUGGAACUUCUUGAUAUCUUUCGGGAGAACCCAGCACUCUGCGUUCCAACGUACAAAAUCUUCGAUUGUGGCGCAAUAGACCCAAGACGCGAAACCUAUCCUAUCAUUGACACGUAUUCGCCGACUGACAUGGAAACCUGGACCGACAUGGAAACCUGGACUCCAGUUUUCGCCUUUCUGAUCGCCAAGGUCCCCAUUGAAAGAAUCUUGCUACUUUGCGAUCUCUGCCCCAUGCUCAAAGAAUCUCUAGAGACUCCAUGCGGCGGCCAGAAGGUCCAAGGCAGGGUUACUCCCAUUGAACUUGUCAAGAAUUUGUACGGCCAUUACUACGGACUGCCCAACUUGAACCAGACAUACAGCGAUCUGCUCGAGCAGUUUGUGGCCAGAGAACCCAGCAUUCUCGACUCCUUUUGUGCUCGCGCCAACCUGCCAAUGCUGUUGUACGAUACCAGCUUGGUGAACAUCAAUAUCACGCGCCAGUACCCUGCAAAAGAUACAAUGCGGCGUUGGUUUGACCUCUGGCCUUCUGGCACAACCUGGCAAGCCCUUUUUGAUAAAACCUUGAGCGAUAGUGAGCAACCCGGAUACUUUGCAGACCUUGAAUUCCUGGCUAAUAACAUGCCUCGGGAACAAAGCAACCUGAGGAUUCUGUCCCAGGAAGUGGCACUUGACAAAGCCCAAUACCUGUGCCAGUUUAUUCCGCGAAUUGAAUCGUUGAGCGUGCACAACUGCAACUUUGAUCAUUCGACGUUCCUGCUUCUGGUCGAAGCGAUCCGACAGAAUGAGAUGCUGCGAACACUUGCAUUGAGCUAUCUACCAAGUCUCAAAUCAGUCAGCAAGGAGGAGUGCACUGCGUCGAAGAAAGCUUUUCUUCAAAUGCUAAAAUGCAACAGCAAGCUCCAAGAGUUGACAAUAGCUCCUUCCCCUGACGAUUCUUCCGGCAGCGUGCAUCGGUGCAGCAAUGGGAACUAUCUUGGGUGGCUCUCCACUGUCCAUGCGGGCAUAAUGGAGAAUCCAAACAUUACAUCCUUUGCCAUGUCCCCAGCCACAUUCUCGGCCGUCUUCGAAACUAAGGGAAACAAGGAGGAAGCGCAAAUUGUUUACCGUCUAAACCUAAACAGGAUGUGCUGCAGCAAGGUUCAAUCUGCUUCCCUAGCUGGCGUUGUCGACAUCCUUGGUAACAUCGACAUUUGCAACCUUCAUGGCACUUUCAACCUUCAUGGCACUGAGUACGUUGGAGAAUCGUGGGAAGCACGCGAUUUGUACGGGCACAGCCUCGUCUUCAGCCUGCUAUUGGAGGCCCCAGCCAUAUGGUGUAGAGCAGACACCAAGGACUCCCGAAGCAUCCCGGAAAAGCAUAUGCAAAAUCUCAUCACGGAAACACACACGCAAAACCCCCGAAAGAAGCCUCGCCUUUCAGCUUCGACUGAAGUUACCGAAGGGCUUGAGAGACUGACGCUAGCACAAACAGCUUCAGCUGGGCAAACGUGUGUCCUACUGUGAACACUUCACCCACACAAUCUUUACCUGGGGAUUUUUUUCGAGCUUCCAAUGUCUUCGUAAGCAUUACCGGACCGGACCGGAGGAGGAAAUGUGUCUUUCUCGCUCUUGUCUUGAUCAAAACUUGGCGGUACGGCACACAUGGGGCAGUUCUCGCUACGGUAGCACCACAUAGUCGCAUAGUUGGUACCGUAAACAUUGAAACAAACUAAUAAGGCAAUAGCAGCACAUUCUAAGUAGCU